UUAAAAACAGAGAUAGUAUGCGGGCACCAUAAAAUGUCCCGCGAGUCAAAAAGCAGGUUUGUGUUACCAGGAAGACAAUUUUGCUCAUUUUUAUGUUGCACUUGGAGAUGAUUAUUGCUGCUGAACACGUGGACGAAAACUUAUAUGAAAACACGGUUAUGAACAGGUGAAAAGUGCGUGAAGACGUGAGGAGGACGGAGUGAGAACUCUCGCCGGUUUAUGCGCCGUUUGGAAAAGUCGGGGGCGGGGCCGGUGCGGCGUUCGGCUAAUUUUAACUUCAACAACUUCACACCUCCCGGAGAUCCUUGAAGGAAAAGUCUACACGCACUUUCUGCUCCUCACAGAGGCGCACGUGUGAGUCCACUUUUGUUUUUCUUGGCAGCUGGCGCGAUUUUAAGCUUGUGAGGACGCCCGUCAGGACAAUAUGCAUGCCCACUGCGAGUCCUGCUACAACAGGCGUUGCCAGGCCCAGGCGGAGGAGGGCGUGUGCUGCCCCCUGGUGGCGUGCCGCCUGCACUGCGGGGCGUUCUUCCACCUGUGCAAAGAGGAGGCUCACCUGCCGCUGUGCCCCCGCGCCCGUGUGCCCUGCCUCAACGCUGCCUACGGCUGCCCGGCCCGGCUUCCGCGCGCCCAGCUUUCCGCCCACUUGCGGGCGUGCCCCGCCAGCGUGGUGGUCUGCUGCAUGGAGUGGAACCGGUGGCCCGCCGACGACGGCCAGUCGUACCCGAGCCCCGACCUGCACCGCAACCUGAUGAGGGAACGGCAGCGGGGGGAGUCUCAAGACCAAGACCUGGACCUGGACCUAGCCCUGGCACUGAAGGACCAGGAACGCUUGUUCCGCUCGUUGAAGAUGAGGAAUCUUUUCCCGGAACUGACCCGCUGCGCCGGAGAUGAGGAUGAGAGGGAGACGAGGGAAGAGGAAAAAAAGAAGCAGGAGAAGAAGCAGGCUGCCUUGGAGAAGGAGGCGGCAAAAAAGACCUGGGAGUCUUUUAGUCCUUUUCAACUUAACGUCACCCCUGAGAAGGACGAAAACCUAGAAGAGGAGCUGAGUGAGCAGGAGCGUGAGGCUCUGGCCAGGAAGCCUCUGGAGGUGAGGGAAGCUGGGCUGGGGAACUUCAGCGCCUGGGAGAGCAUGUUCAGCAUGGCCAUGGGUGGCUGCCGGGAAGCGGCGGACUGGGAGCAGGAUGCAAGCGGGCCCAGGAAGCCAGGCGGCGUCACGGAAGGUGCGGAGAUCCCCCGAGUCUCCCCAGAGUCGUUCCCCCUCGCCGAGAAGAAGGCCUUCCCGGAUGUCCACGUGGAACCCAUGAAGAUCGUGACCGUGAGGACCUUCAAGGUUCCUAGCAGCUUUUUGGCCAAGCAGAGUCGCAUCCGCAACCCAAGAUUCUACAAGAAGGAUAAUAAGGCCGUCGACACCGCGGACCUACAGGAGGAACCGCAGGGUGUGCCUGUCUGGGAAGAGGUUCAGGCGUCGCUGUUGUGCUGUCUGGAGAAGGAACAGCGAGGUCACCUGAUCACAGAGAAGCAUUGCACCGACGGCCUCCUGCAAGACGAGGGCACGCAGACUUUCCAGUUCCUGUCGGCGCCCUUCGCCAGCACCGCGUCCCUGGCGGACCUGACGGCCGGCCGGGAGCGGCAGCUGCACCUGCAGCUGCAGCUGGAGAACGUCAGCAGGCGCCACCACAAAGCCAGCUCGGCCUUCACCGCUGUGUGCGGGCACACCGUGCACAGGCGUGAAUACGCUGCGCAUUACAAGAACGUGCACAGCGACAUUCAGAUGAGCGUCAACGGAUGGUUCCUGCAACGAUGUCCGCUGGCGUACUUGGGUUGCACCUUCAGCCGGCCCAGGUUCACGCCGUCCACACACCAGGCCAACGUGGUCCUCACGGAGGAUCUGGGCUUCUUCCAGCUGCGUCCCGUCGUCCCGGCCGUCGAAAGUCGCACUUCCUCUUGCCUUACUCUCACCUCGCUGCCCUUCGAGCUCCUGUGUCACGUGGCGACGUUUCUGGACAGCGUGUCCUUGUCUCAGCUGGCUCUGGCGUCUCGCCUCACGAGGCAGGUUUGCGCCACGUUGCUGCCCACACGAGGGAUGGUCUCGCUUUGCUGGGAGAGGACAGCCCACUCCGGAGGGGGAGUCCAAUGGCGUGCUGAGCACAAGGUGUGGCACUUCAGCGGCAGCUUCUCGGCCGUGGACACGUGGAAGUUCCGGGAGGUUCCAUCCAUGUCGGAGCACUUGAAGUUGUGUCCGUUCUACGAGCGGGAGAGCAGAGGCGAGCGCUUUCUGCUGCCAGACGUAAAGCGCAAAGGUCAUUCUGCGAGAGGCGAGGACGUCCGUGGCGACCCGCAGAGCUAGUUUAGCUGAGCAUCCCGCAGGGCCGCGUAACGGCGCCUCCUAUUGGCCCGGUAGGCUUCCAGCCUUUCCUCCUCCGCCCAGGGGUCCGGCAGGACCCCCUCCCAC